AUACCUCAAAAGUCAAAAAGAAAACGUGUAUCCACUCAUUCACGCGUAUCUAGCAAGUCCUCACCUUCCUGGAAGAGCAUGGCGAGCGACGGUGAGCAGACUAUCUAGCGCAAAGCCUUUCUUCAGCUGAGCUCAAAGCCAAGAACGUUUCAUUCUGGGGAUCUUCAUCUGCUUCUCAGCGUUUGAUCCGUACUCUUCAUCUUCACACCUCCAUCUCCGGAAAUGGAGAAGCCAACAGAAUCUGAUUAUGAAGUAUUCUUGAGCUUCAGAGGACCGGACACUCGCCGCGACAUGGCUGAUUACCUUUACAACAGCCUCAUUCGUGCCGGAAUACGGGCAUAUAGAGAUAAUGAAGAGCUUCCCAUUGGGGAAGAGAUUGGCCCGGAGCUUGUCCAUGCGAUUAAGCAGUCGGAAAUCUCAAUUCCUAUCUUAUCUAAAGGAUAUGCUGCCAGUCCAUGGUGCCUCAUGGAGUUGGUCCAGAUGGUGGAGUGCAAGGAAAACUGGGGAUGUAAGAUCAUGCCAGUUUUCUAUGACGUAGCACCAUCCGAUGUUCUUCGCCAAACUGGAAGUUACGGUGAGGCCAUUAAUUUACACAUAAAUAAGCAGCGGUACACUGAUGAGACUAUUCAAAACUGGAAGGCAGCUCUCAGCAAGGUUGGAGCGUUAAGAGGAUGCGAACUCAAAGAGAGAGGCAAAGGUGAGUUCACAGAAGAAGUUGUUCGGACGCUGUUGAUCGAGUUGAAAAAGAACUACUUGACAGUAUCUGAUUACUUGGUUGAAAUGGACGAUCACGUGGACAAAAUCAUGGAAGUGAUAGGUGAACAGACCACUGAAACAAAGAUCAUUGGUAUUUAUGGUAUGGGCGGUGUCGGAAAGACAACUCUUGCCACAAUCAUCUAUAAUAAAAUGUUGGCCAAUUCCACUAACUGUUGCUUCCUGUCUAACUUCAAAGACACAGAGAUUAAUAUAUUGCAGAAUCAACUCAUCUCUGGUAUCCUAAAAGAGACAUGUCUGCCCAUCCAUAAUAUAUCAGAAGGGAUUACUGAGAUCAAGAAGAGGCUAUUCUCUAGGAAGGUCAUACUUCUACUUGAUGAUGUCGUCCAAAAGACUCAGCUGGAUGCUCGUGGGGAUGGGCAAAUGCUGGUACAGCAGAGGAAGUAAGGUUAUUAUUACCACAAGAAAC